GGGGGUGUCUUCUACCCAGACACAGUACGGGUCUAGCUUAUAGUGAAUUGUGCUUUAAGAUGCAAAAGCGUAACUAUGUAGCAGUCUCGACAGGUUUGAUACAUGCUAAACUACAGAUGUUGCGCUCGAGGGAUCGACUAAUAUAAAAAAGGGUAUGGAUUCGAAGCUUCCUUGUUUGAUCCUCUUCAUCGUGUUUGGCUGUGUCAGAUGCUCGUCUGACGACCCCCCCAACAACGGCACCCGCCACCAUGACUACUGCGUGCUCGGAGCCGGGCCCGCGGGACUGCAGAUGGGGUACUUCCUCUCCAAGGCUAAGAGAGACUACAUCAUCAUGGAGAGGAACUCCGGACCGGGCAGCUUCUUUAACAAGUAUCCCAGGCACAGGAAGCUCAUUAGUAUUAACAAGAUCCACACAGGAAGGCAGAACCGAGAGUUCAACCUGCGCCACGAUUGGAACUCGCUGCUGAGCGACAGACCUGACCUGCUGCUCAAGAGAGUGAGCGGUGACUUUUACCCUCCAGCGGACGCCUUCCCGCUCUACCUGUCCAUGUUCGUGAAGGAGCUCGGGCUGAAGGUCCGGUAUGGUGUGGACAUCGGAAGGAUCAGGGCAGUGCAGUCAGCCGCCGGCAGAAGAUACAUCCUGACUGACCAACAUGCAUCGGACUACACAUGCAGCGUCCUUCUGGUGGCCACAGGUUUGUGGGUUCCUCACAAGGUAGAGUUUGUCGGGUCUCACCUGGUCGAAGGCUACGAGUCCAUCUCCACUAAUCCUGAGGACUACAAGGACCAGUCGGUGCUGAUUCUGGGCAAGGGGAACUCGGCGUUUGAAACAGCCCAGAGCAUCUUGGGAAGAGCAAGCCAUGUGCACAUGAUCAGCUCCAGCCCCGUUCGACUCGCUUGGCAAACACAUUACGUCGGAGAUCUCAGAGCUGUGAAUAAUGAGCUCAUAGACACAUAUCAGCUGAAGUCCCUUGAUGGGUUGUUGGAGGCACACCUGGACAAAAUAGUCAUCGCUCAACGACAGGAGCAAGGCAGGACGAGGUCAGGUAAAAAGAAGAAAGAGAAGAAGGGACAGUUGUACGUGACAUUAAAGAAGUUCUUACAACACCAGGAACAGAAGAACAGCUCAGAUGUGACAGGAGAAGAACUGCCAGGAUAUUACAUCGACAACUUCUCCUUGCGGAAGCCCUACGACCGAGUGAUUCGAUGCCUUGGCUUCCGAUUCAACUUCAGCAUAUUUGACAGCUCUACCUGCCCACCGAAAAGUGACAAUGCCAAAGGGCGGUUGCCGCAGGUGACAGCCUGGUAUGAAGGGAAGGUGACCCCUGGCCUGUUUGUGCUGGGAACCGCUGCUCACUCCAGAGACUACCGCUCGUCUGCUGGCGGCUUCGUCCAUGGAUUCCGGUACACAGUGCGUGCUGUACAUCGUGUACUUGAACAACGUUACCAUAGUAACCCGUGGCCCUCGACAAAACUGCGGACAUCGCAGCUGCAGUCCUGGAUCCUGAAGCGGGUCGGCGAGGCUUCUGGACCGUACCAAAUGUUUGAGGUGCUGGGGGACGUUAUACUUCUCCGAGGCUCUCACUGUGAAUACGUGGAAGAGUUUACACUCCAGGCCUUGCCUCAGUUCUCCAAUCUCUCGGGCCACGAGGUCUCACACCAUGGACUCAUCGUUCUAGUCAUGCAGUACGGGAAGAAGAAGAUAGAUUAUCUGGGGCCGGAAAGGACUGAAGGAGACUGGACCAAAGCAUGGAAAUCCAACUUCCUGCACCCUGUUUUAUACUACUAUGACACACUUCCUACUGAGGAAGAAAUAGAGCUCCGUCCCUCUGGCUGGGCUUUACCGAGGCCCAAGGCGAUCCAUCACAUGGUCGAGGACUUCCUCGCUGAAUGGGAUAGUCCCAUAUCUCACAUCCAGCCUUUGCGGCGCUUCCUGGAGCACUGUGUCCAGACUGACCUCAGGGCCUUCUACGCGGAAUCAUGUUUCCGUUCGGCCCUUACCCACCGAAAACCGCCGCUGUUUUGUCAGCAGGGAUACUUGCAGCAGCAGGGCGUCGCUCGCAUCAAACAGCCGAGGCAGCACAUCAGCGACGCUGGACUGAUGCCUACUGAGCAAGAUGCAGGCACAUCCGUGGCUGACCCCGCAUUCCCCAACUGCCUGGCCCAAGCCGGAGCCUCCGAGUCCUCGGGACUGAAACUUGACUCCUGAUUGUUCUUCUCAAGCGUUUUAAAGCCAUGCCUCUGAUGCUGUUGAAGUUACUCAAACUCGCUACCUCCAGCACCCAUAAUUCCCUGCAUGAAACCAAAUAUUUUGAC